CUUUGGACAGACAAAUAUGGCGGCUCCCAAUGGAAGAUCAGUUUUAUUCGUGUGCUUGGGGAAUAUCUGCAGAUCCCCAAUCGCUGAGGCUGUUUUCAGGAAGAUUGCCACAGACGGCGGGGUGGUGGACAAGUGGGUUAUAGAUUCUGGUGCCACCUCUGAUUGGAAUACUGGCAGCUCUCCUGAUGCCCGUGGUCUGGCCUGCCUCAGGAAACAUGGCAUAGAGACAGAUCACAGGGCACGACAGGUCACCAAAGACGACUUCAUGACAUUUGAUCACAUCCUCUGCAUGGAUGAAAGCAACUUGAGAGAUCUGAACAAGAAGGCAAGCAGCGUGAAAAACUGUAAAGCCAAGAUUGAGCUGCUCGGCUCCUACGACCCUGAAAAACAGCUCAUUAUCCAAGACCCAUACUAUGGGAGUGAUAAAGACUUUGAGACCGUGUAUGAACAGUGUGUGAGGUGCUGCAAAGCCUUCCUGGAACAGUACUCAUAACACACGCAUUUAUCGACCCUCUUCUGGAACCUCCAACACCAAUCACACCUCAUCAUAAAAUACUUGAUGUCUAGUUCAGUUUGUCACAAAUGGAAAAAUAAACCCAAUGAUCCAAGCUUCUCCAUAAGCAAAAAUACACCAUAUUAUAGCAGUCUAUAGAGAAGCCAUUUGUCUUGGUUGUAAAACAAGUUAUUAGGAUGCUUGCUUAAGCAGAUAUAAAUAGAUUUUUGAAUGUAUCUGUUGAAUUGAGGAGAGUAAAUUCACCAAAAUAAACCAUGCUCAAACUUGCCUGAAUGUGAAAAUUACUGUGCUUCCUUCUCUACACUAAUAAACUGUAAUUUU